UCCGAGGAAGGGAUGGAUUCCGUAACAAUCGUUAUGAUUGCUUGAAGCACGCUCAGCCUUUCUAUUCUUUCUACUCUCCUGCUAUGUUCCAAUAUCUAAAAUCGGGUGAUACGCCAUGGAAGGCCCAUGCACACAAAUUCCUCUGUCAGUGAAAUUGAAAAGUGAGAAUGUUAUCAGGGGGGAGCAGCACGCAAGUGACAGGCUAUCGUGCACUAACGUCUUGGAGAUUACGACACGAGGAAGAAGGGAGACUCAAAUGCUCUGGUUAUUUAUUAUUUCUGCCUCGUGAUCAGUGAAAUCAGUGUAAGCGCUGAGCUGUUGAGAAGCAGUCACUCGACUUUCUUAAAGAAAUUAUCUUUUUAACUAUGCGGGUGGUGGUGAUUGGUGCUGGGAGCUCUGGGCUCGCUGCUCUGAGGCAUUGUGCUGAGGAUCUGAAGAGAUCGAGGGAGAAUGGAAAACUUGGAGAUGACAGGGUCACUGAUGUUGUUUGCUAUGAGAGAUGCGACAAAAUUGGAGGCACAUGGGUUUAUACGGAGGAGACAGGUGUUGAUAAGUAUGGGCUGCCCAUUCAUUCCAGCAUGUAUAACAGUCUGAGAACUAAUUUGCCUAAAGAAGUUAUGGGGUAUCCUGACUUCCAAUAUGACUUAGAAAACAGUAAAAGUUAUCUGACGCGUACAGAGAUCCUGGAAUUCUUGGAGCGAUACUGCGAUCACUUCAAAGUCCGUCAAUACAUACAGUUUCUCCAUAAUGUGGAGUUAGUGGAGCCCACUGUCGAUGAGAAGGAAAAUAAAUGGAAGGUGACAGUCAAGAGUCUCAAAGAUGGAUCGACGAGGACAGAAUAUUUUGAUACAGUUAUGGUCUGCAAUGGCCAUUAUUUCCAACCGCAUUUACCAGUGAUUGAAGGCCGCGAACAAUUCAAGGGCAAACAGUUGCACAGCCAUGAUUAUCGAAUUCCGGAGAUUUUUGCAGAUAAAACUGUCGUGGUUGUAGGUGCAGGACCUUCAGGAAUGGACCUAGCCCUGGAGAUAUCAAAGAAGGCACGAAAAGUUAUUCUGAGUCACCAUAAUCCCACCCCCAUUGCCACCGUCUUUCCAGGAAACGUAUAUCAGCUUCCUGAUAUUAAACAACUCUUCGAAAAAGAAGUUGAAUUCACGAACAAUACUCGAGAAGAAGUUGAUGUUAUUUUUUACUGCACUGGGUACAAGUACAGUUUUCCAUUCCUGUCGCCGCGAUGUGGUGUCAGGGUCGAUGAUAAUAUGGUGACACCGCUUUGGAAGCACUUGAUAUCGACAGAGCACCCGACAUUGGCUCUCAUUGGCCUACCGUUUUAUGUCUGUGCAUUUAGUAUGUUCGACUUACAAGUGAGAUUUGUACUGAAGUAUUGGACGGGAGAAAAAGCCUUUCCAAGCAAAGAAGUAAUGGUUGCUGAGGAGACUCAAGAACUCGAAAAAAAGAAAAAACAGGGCCUGCGGAAACGUCAUUUCCAUAUGAUGGGGCCUGAGCAAGGGCCUUAUUACGACGAUCUAGCUAACACUGCUGGACUCAUUCCCCUGCCCCCUGUUCUCACGAAACUCCACAACGAGAGUAGUAUGCGGUUCAUGGAUGAUCUAGUGCACUAUCGAGAGGAUCGAUAUAAAAUAUUAGAUGACUUCAACUUUGUCCAAUUGUAAUUGCCAUGUGAAUCGGAAGAUUAAUCCAGUUGAUCAAUAAACCGCAAUUAUAUCUA